UUAUCCAUAUCACGUCAAAACAAGACUAGAAGUAAUCUGCACACCUCCAAGCCAAGUACGUGGCUGAUAGUCUCUCCACCGGCAUAUCUCAUUUACAAAAUUUCAGAAAAAGAAAUCAUAAAUCAGCACAAAUAGCUCCACUUACAUGUAACUAGAACAAAAAGUCAAUGUAUUUCCAAUAAAAACUCGCACCAAAAUUUCCCGCCAACACAAAACCGAUACAGAGAUGCUCUGUUUUUCUCUGUUUCACAAUACACCUCCUUUAACCAGCCAAUACAAGCAUCAAGCUUUGCUCUUUCAACCAAAAUCCAAGACCCAUUUCAGUUCUCUUCAUUUUUGUCGAAACCCGUUUUUUUUCUUCAAAAAAUAUUAUGUGUAUCGAGCAAAAGUUUCAAUUCUUUCGUAUUCGAAUUGGGCAGUUUCUUCUCCGGUGGAUGAUGAUUUUAAGAUGGAAUUACGCCGCUUAUUGGCGCUUUUACAGGAGGAAAUGCGAAGAAGAGUUAGUGACCAUCCGGAGCUUCAUCAAUUGAUUGAAGUGGUUAUGGAUUUGGGUCGCAAACCUUUGGCUAGAUUUCCAUCUGGAGACUUUGUUUUAUCGGAUUGUCCAAUCACAGUCCAGGACCUUGAACAUGCUACAUCUCAGGUCGGUGAUUUUGCCAUUGACAAUCGAGCAGGCAUCAGCCGAACAUUACAUCGCAUUAGUGCUAUCAGGAAUCGGAAGGGUGCAAUAAUUGGUCUAACUUGCCGAGUUGGUCGUGCAGUAUCAGGAAGCGCUAAUUUACUGCAAGACCUUGUUCAAGAUGGAGCUUCUUUGUUGCUAAUUGGGCCUCCAGGAGUGGGAAAAACCACAAUUAUCAGAGAAAUAGCUCGGAUGCUUGCAAAUGAUUACAAGAAACGUGUCAUGAUUGUUGACACCUCCAAUGAGAUAGGUGGGGAUGGCGAUAUACCUCAUGCAGGAAUUGGUAAUGCUCGUCGGAUGCAAGUUCCUAACUCUGACAUGCAACAUAAGGUACUGAUUGAAGCAGUGGAAAAUCAUAUGCCACAAGUCAUUGUGAUUGAUGAAAUUGGCACCAAACUUGAAGCAAUGGCAGCAAGCACAAUUGCACAACGUGGGAUUCAACUAGUUGCCACUGCUCAUGGAGUAACAAUAGAGAAUUUGAUAAUGAACCCUUCAUUGGAGAUGCUUGUUGGAGGAGUGCAGAGUGUAACACUAGGCGAUGAAGAAGCAAACCGUAGAGGUGUCCAGAAAACAGUGCUGGAGAGGAGAGGGCCUUCAACAUUCAGUAGCGCUGUGGAGAUAAUUUCUAAGACUGAGUUGCGAGUUCAUCGUAGUCUUGAAGCGACAGUGGAUGGCAUUCUUUCAGGUCGUAUCCCCAAUGUGGAGAUUUGCAGGAUGCACUCUGAUGGAUCAAAAGACACUGUGUUAAAGGAAACAUUCAGUGUCCCUGGAUCUGACCAGAAAUAUGAGAUAAUAGAUGAAGAUGAUCUAGAGAUGACAGAAGAAAUAACAGGCCAUAAUGAGUUCGUGUCUGAGUUUCAUCAAAAUGUUGGAGAAGAUUCUUGGGAAAAUGGAUAUCCACUUCGCCUCUCUGUCUAUGGGAUUCUGGAGGCAAGCGUAAUACAAGGAAUUAAACAGUUGAAAAUGGAUGCUGCAGUUGAACUGACUGAUAAUAUCAGUGAAGCAGAUGCGCUACUUGCCUUGCAGUCUAAGCUCAAGAAGAAUUCCCGUAUUCAAGCUGCUGCUAAAAGCCGUGACAUACCCAUUUAUGUAACAAAGACAAGCUCAUUGGUGCAGAUAACUAAGGCCAUAAGGGCACUAGUAAAUGAUCAUGCUGAUGGAUUAAAGGAUCAUGGAUCAGAAGACAAGAUCAAUCUUUCAGAGAAGAUUGAUGCCUUAGAGGAGGCAAGAAUAGCCAUCGAGCAGGUCGUAAUUCCAAAAGGAGAAGCUGUGGAGCUACUGCCAAGGCCAUACUACAUUUUAUCCCUUCAAUUGGACCUCAUCCGGAAGUACCAACUACAAUCUGAGCGAGUUGGUAAAGAUCCAGAAGCACGUCUCUGCAUCCUGCCAUUUCAGACUAAGCUGGAUGAACCCAGAAAUGGUGAUGAAACAGUUGAUCUGGACAUCGGCUUUGAUGACUUUAUCGGCUCAGAAAGCGACUCAAAUGGUACUCUCUAUACGGUGGACAGAUUACCUCUCUUGCCUGACUAGCCUUUACAAUGUUGCAUAUACUGUUAACAUUUCAUUAAAGUAAAUGAUUGAUUAUAGAUUCUCUUAUCCAUCGUUUCAGGUCAUUUUCUA